AGUAAAUUAUCAGCACUGUGCGACCGAGAAGAUGGGAACGUCGGUCCCACAAAAGGCAAUAAUUCUGUAUUAGGGAUUGCUCUACCGAAUUUACCCAUCUAUUCGCCAAUAGAAUAAGUUACCAAUCAAGAAGUUAAGCCUGCGAUUCUUGUUUUUUACUCAAUCCUGCAUCUUUCAUCAGCAGACGGGAAUAUUUGCUCGACUGCCAGGAAAUGUUGACUGGAAAGAGACCAUGGCCACUAACAAGGCAAGUGCUCUGUUUUAUAACGAUGUCCUGUUUCACUGAUUUGAUUUCUGGACAGAUUCGCUAUACAAUUCCGGAAGAACUGAAACACGGGGCUUUUGUUGGGAACGUGGCUGAUGAUUUGGGUUUAGACGUUCGUAAGCUAUCGGCCAGAAGGCUGCGCAUAGUUACCGCCGCUCCAAAGCAAUAUUUGGAGGUAAAUUUGGGUAAUGGCAUCCUGUUUGUGAAUGAGAAGAUAGAUAGAGAACAGCUCUGUGGUCCGAGCUUCAACUGUUUUCUCCAUCUGGAAAUUGUUAUCGAAAAUCCCCUUGAACUGUACCGUAUUGAAGUGGAAAUUAUGGAUAUAAAUGAUAACUCCCCAAGUUUCUUGAAGAAGGAUCUAUCUUUGGAAAUUAUAGAAUCAGCUUUGCCGGGCACACGUUUCCCUCUCGAGAGUGCACACGAUCCCGACGUGGGUACUAAUUCAAUCCGGACCUAUAAGAUAAGUCCAAAUGAGCAUUUUACACUCGACGUGGAGACGCGGAGCGAUUACAGCAAAUAUGCCGAGUUAGUGCUGGAGAAAGCAUUGGACCGAGAGCAACAACAGAUCCAUCAACUAAUUCUGACUGCCGUUGACGGCGGCAUCCCAGUCCGAUCCGGCAGCGCUGUCGUUUCCGUUAUUGUGUUAGACGCCAACGACAAUCAACCUGUCUUCGAGCAGACAAUUUAUAAAGUUUCUUUGGAAGAAAAUGCAACAAAGGGGACGUUGGUGUUAAAACUAAACGCCAGCGACUUAGAUGAAGGCUCCAACGGGGCGAUAACAUAUUCCUUCAGUCGGCAUACUCCCCCUAGAGUGCAGCAACUGUUUACUGUGGAUUCCCACACAGGUGAAAUUAGAGUAAAAAGUGUUAUCGAUCACGAGGAAGUGGAUAAUUAUGAAUUCUAUAUACAAGCCAAGGAUAAAGGCGGCUCAUAUGCAAUACCUGCACAUUGCAAAGUUCUAGUACGUAUCCUAGAUCUAAACGAUAAUGCCCCUGAAGUGAUACUCACUUCCCUGUCCAGUCCUGUCAUGGAAGACGCGAUGGUCGGGACAGUAAUCGCUCUCAUCAGUGUUACCGACAUAGAUUCCGGAAAGAAUGGACAUAUCGACUGCGUGAUAUCUCAGGACGUCCCAUUUAAAAUUCAGUCGUCCUUCAAUAAUCAUUAUACCUUGAUGACAGCCGAACCUCUGGACCGAGAAAAAGUCUCAGAGUAUAAUAUCACCAUUACCGCCACUGAUUCUGGAUAUCCUUCCCUUUCUACCAACAAGACUAUACGUUUAAAGGUCUCAGACGUGAAUGACAAUGCGCCACGGUUUUCGAAGCCAUCCUACACAGUAUAUGUCACUGAGAAUAAUCCACCGGGUGCCACUGUUUGCUCGGUGACCGCACUUGACCCUGAUUCUAAUCAAAACUCUUAUUUGUCCUAUUCUAUACUGGACCGGAUGAUUCAAGGAUUGCCCUCAAGAACCUACAUUUCAAUCAACUCCGAUAAUGGGAAAGUUUACGCGUUACGCUCCUUUGACUACGAGCAACUCAAGGAAUUUCAAAUCCAGAUCCUAGCUCAGGAUACUGGAUUCCCGCCACUUAGUAGCACCGUCAAAGUGAAUGUAGUUAUCUUGGAUCAGAAUGAUAACGUCCCCGUUAUUCUGUCACCGCGGCCAAACAAUGGUUCAGCGGCACUUCAGACAGUCCGGCGAACAGCGGACGCAGGACAACUUGUGAGCAAAAUAAUUGCUACAGAUGCUGACUCGGGGCAGAACGCUAAACUGUCCUAUAAGCUACUGCAAGCCACAGAUCCAACUCUGUUCAACGUAGCAGUCCAUACAGGAGAGAUAAGGACAACCCGACGUUUCGGGGAAAGAGACACCUCUAAGCAAAGGCUUCUCAUCCUCGUGAAGGACAACGGGCAGGCUCCACUUUCAGCUACCGCCACCAUCAUAUUUUCAAUAAUGGACAUCAUCACGGACAUUCUUCCUGAAAUCAGCAACUUGUCUGAAAAUACACAAGAGAAUUCCAGCUUAACGUUCUACUUAAUCAUUAGCUUAGGAUCCUUCUCGUUUCUAUUUAUUGUGGCCAUAGUUGUUAUCUCUGCCAUCAAAUGCCACCAAUAUAGGAAUAAUGGUCACGACCGCAGCUCUCCUUUUGGGAAUUGCUGUUGUCUUCGGCAUUUCCAUUCGCCAGAUAUUCUGAAAACAUCCAGCAUAAAUCUCCAAGUUACAGCGAAUUCCAAAGUGCCGUCUGAUUUUUUGGAUGCGGGUGGAAACGGAGCCGCCUCACAGAUGUAUUAUUAUAGGGUCUGUUUGACUCCGGAAUCUGCAAAGAGUGAUUUUACUUUUCUCAAACCGUGCAGUCCAGCAACAUCGAUGGCCGGGAAUAGAAAGGGUGACACAAGUGGCAUGGAGUGGAAUGCACUAAAAUCUUUAAACAACGAUGUGUCAGAGUCAAAUUACAAAGUCAAAGCCAUGAAGAAUCGUGAGUGGGAUGGAAAUGCAGCCAGCCAGGUGAGAAGUUUGUUUAUGGAUUGACUAGACCUGUCCAAUGUUGCAGAAUCCCUUU